AUGGAAUCUCCUCUAUUCAAGCUCUGUAGCAGUAUUUCUUAUACAAAGACAUUUUUACAACCCAUUUCAACAGUUAAUUCACCAAAAUUAUAUUCAAUUCACAAAAGGAAGAAGUUGGUUUGCUCUGCACCAUCAAAUUCCAAUUCUGUUUGUUCAGAGGGAGGAGCGUUCUUAAGUAUUGGAACCCACCUCAUUCCACAUCCCAACAAGGUUGAGAAAGGAGGGGAAGAUGCUUUCUUUAUUAGCAGUUAUAAGGGUGGAGUAAUUGCUGUUGCUGAUGGUGUUUCUGGUUGGGCAGAAAGAGAGGUGAAUCCUGCAUUAUUUUCACGCGAAUUGAUGGCUCAUGCCUCUAAUCUUGUCGAAGACGAGGAGGUUCAGUAUGACCCUCGAACUUUGAUAAAGAAAGCACAUGCUGCUACCUCUUCUAUUGGUUCAGCUACUGUAAUUGUUGCUAUGUUGGAGAGGAAUGGGACUUUGAAGAUUGCCAAUGUAGGGGACUGUGGCCUGCGAGUUGUGCGCAAAGGUCAGAUAGAAUUUUCCACAUCCCCACAAGAACAUUAUUUCGACUGUCCUUACCAGUUAAGCUCAGAGGCUGUUGGUCAGACAUACCUUGAUGCUACGGUGACCACGGUCGAGUUAAUGGAGGGGGAUACUGUUGUUAUGGGUUCAGAUGGGCUUUUCGAUAAUGUUUUUGAUCGUGAAAUUGUCUCAGUAGUUGGCUCUUACAACAACAUUGCUGAUGCUGCAAAGGCAUUGGCUAAUCUAGCUUAUGAUCACUCACAAAAUUCCAGUUUCGACUCACCCUAUUCACAGGAGGCUAGAGCCAGGGAUUUUGAUGUUCCUUGGUGGAAGAAAAUAAUGGGGAUGAAGUUAACAGGUGGGAAGCUUGAUGAUAUUACUGUAAUUAUCGGGCAGGUGAAGGGCUCAUAA